GUGAAAGAAAAAUCCACAGAUGCGAUUGAAAAACCCACUGGUGUUUUGAUGUACUCCUUGGCAAGCAGCAAUAUCAAAGAUGAAUCACAGAUCAAGUUUGUUAGUAACUACAUUGCAAACAAGAAGUUGGCAUCUGCGAUACAACUGACAGCUGCGGUGGAUUUUAUGAAGGCCAAUCCAGUUUUGCCUGUUGAUGUGGCUGCCUUUGAAAAAAAUUGUGGUAUUGGAGUAAACAUCACACCUGAUCAGAUUAAAGACUGUGUUGAAGAACUUAUCAAGAAACACAAGGAAGAAUUGUUGAAGAAACGCUACAAAUUCAAUGUUGGAAUAAUAAUGGGAAAGGCAAGAGAGAAGUUGAAGUGGGCAGAUGGAAAAGCUGUGAAAGCAGAAAUUGAUAUGCAGAUCUUAGAUUUGCUUGGACCUAAAACUGAAGCAGACAUGCAGGCUUUCAAAACAAAGGAGGCCAAGCCCAGCAAAGAGGGAAAGCCAGCAAAAGAGUCUCGUCCUGCAGCUGUAGAGGUUUCAUGA